AUGUUCCAUGGAUUGCCAAGUGAAGACCCCAUUGACCACCUUGAUGAGUUUGAUAGGCUUUGUGAUUUGACAAAGAUCAAUGGUGUCUCUGAAGAUGCCAUCAAGCUGAGACUCUUUCCUAUGUCUCUAGCUGACAAAGCUCACCAAUGGGAGAAGAGCUUGCCCCAUGGCACAAUCACCACUUGGGAUGAAUGCAAGAAGGCCUUUCUUGCUAAGUUUUUCUCCACCGGUCGCACAGCCAAGCUUAGAGGAGAGAUAUCCAGCUUCAUCCAGCGAAACAAUGAGACAUUCGCAGAGGCUUGGGAGAGGUUCAAAGGCUACACAAGUCAGUGCCCACACCAUGGAUUCAACAAUGAAUCACUACUCUCCACUCUUUAUAGAGGAUGCUUGCCUAGGUAUAGGGAGAUGCUAGACACAGCUAGCAAUGGGAACUUCCUCAACCAGGAUGUAGAUGAUGGCUGGCAACUUGUGGAGAACAUAGCUAACUCAAAUGGAAGCUAUGGAGAAGAGUAUGAUCGCACCAACCGGAGCUCGACCCACCACUCGAUCGAGUCAGACGAAAAGUUGAGAAAAGAUGUUAAGGCAUUGAAUGAGAAGUUGGAUAAGCUGAUCCUAGCUCAGUCCACAAUGAAGAAAGUCAACUUUGUGUCUGCUGAGGAGAUGGAACCAGUCCAAGAAGGGGAGGAUACACAAUUUGCUGAGGUGUGCUACAUGAGCAAUGGGCAAGGAGGUUACAACAAAGGAUACUAUAAUUACAAGUCCAACCCUGCCAUGUCAUACCGCAACACUGAUGUUGCUAACCCUCAGGACCAAGUAUAUCCUCAACAACAAGCAGCUCGAUCGAGUCAGGUGCCACAACAUGGGUAUGGUCAAAAGAACAAUUACCAAGGACCACAAGGCACUUUCCCUGGACAACAAAUGAAUAUCCCACCAGGCUUCCCCCACCAACCGCCCCAGCCUGCACCUUCACAAGAGAAUGAGCUCAAGGCAAUGCUAAAGCAACUACUUCAAGGGCAAGCUGAUGGGGUAGUGGACACAAGCAAGAAGCUAGCUGAAAUAAACUCUAAGAUCGAGAACCUCAACACAAGGGUUUACUCUCUGGAGAAUCAUGCUUCUUCUGUUGCUGCUGCUACAAAGCAAGGACAACUACCUGGUAAAGCUAUUCAGAACCCCAAGGAACAGUGCAAGAGAUUGUUGCUGCUGAGGCUCCUGGAGUCCAGAUUGAUCAACCAGAAGUGCAGGCACCUACUGUGGCCAUUCACACUUCACCAGUUGAGCUCGCACACAAGCUCGAUCGGCAGCUCGAUCGAGUCCAACUCUAGCUCGAUCGAGUCCGACCUCUUCUGUCCCAAAACCUUUUUGCUUGAUCCUUACCAACCGGUUGCCGCUUCCUCGUCUCGCCUACUUAGUCAAGGUCACAAGGAAGUGAUUCACAAGUUCAGAAGAGAUCUCAGUGGGAUUGGAAUUGAGUUGCCUCCUAUGGAUAGCAUGAGUGAGGCAUUUGAUCAAAUGCAAAUGGUCAAGGAUGUUCUAGCCAACAGUGAUAAAGUUUCAGAGGUCCUACAAGAGUCUACUCAUCAGUUCAACCUGCUUACUUCACCCACCUUCCUACCAAAGGUCAAGGAUCAAGGGAAAUUCACUCUCCCUUGCACACUUGGGCAUCUUGAGAUUGACAAUGCCUUAGUGGAUUCUGGAGCAAGCAUCAAUCUGAUCUCUCUCUCCAUGGCAGAGAAGCUAGGCAUUGCUGGAGCCUUGCAGCGCCCUACUACUUCAAUCAUGUUUGGAGAUGCAACUUCUAAGUCUCCUCUUGGAGUGUUCAAGAACUAUCACUUGAAAAUUGGAGAAUGCAUCAUCCAAACUGAUCUCACUGUGAUGGAAAUGGAAGAAGAGAAGGAUUUGCCUUGUUAUUGGGAACCCCUUUCCUUAGUACACCUAGAGGUUCAGACUUUUGUGCCACAAUUGACAGUACCAACUCUCAGUUCUAAGAGUCAUGGAGCUACAAAGGUUGUGAAGGAAAGGGUUGACAAAGAACCAAGAGUUGGGAAGGAUAAGGUUGAGAGAGGACCAAGGAUUGAGAAGCCACGUCUUGAGAGGGCUAGAGUUGAGAAACCACGUUCUGAUAGACCACGAGCUGAUAGACUUGUUCAAGCCCCUUGUGUGCUUGAUGAAGAAGCCUUCAAGCUUUGUUUGAUGAGCCACUAG